AUGCUUUAUCUCUCGGCAUAUCCCACAAUUUUCGACCCAAGAAACUUCGCAAGCGCAAAGGAUUCUGUCUUAUCUCUCGCCGUGGAAACACAUAAGCUGUACUACGAGAUGGACAGGGUUGUUUGCAUGGGAUUACCAGCUGCCAGUGAAGGCAUUUGUUUCUUGUGGAGUACUAGUACUAGGCCAUGGUACAGGUUAGUCGGGCUAUCCCAGGGGCCGUUAUACAACAUCGAACAUGGCGGAAACUUUCUGCCUGAUUUCAUUGGAUGGACCGCGAAUGACGAACUCCAUGUGUUAGGGCCCAGUUUCGGUGGAAUGAUUGCACCAGGCAUGCAUCCUCCCUCUAUCCUGCUAUAUCAGGUCAGGUACCACAGGAUACCUCCGAUCAAGACGAUUCUGUCUCCAUCAAGUUUGGCCCUGGUUCAAGAUUGGAUGUGA